AUGGCAGCUCGUGUCGAGCGUGAGGUGAAAUCACACACACGGGCAUUUACAGGAUGUUCAACGGUGAGUCCAAUAUCCCGGCUGAUGAUCAAUUCUGAUCGAUCCCAGUGUCGAAGCCGCCAUGUGAAAUGCGACGAGGGCCGUCCGACAUGUUCCAUGUGCCACUACUUCGGCUUACCAUGCGCCGGGUACAAGAAAGACAUCUUCUUUGAUUCCAAGAAUAAUGGUAGUAAGAUUCGUUUCCGUCGGCCUCUGUUGACUGAGGAGGAGCGCCAGCGCAUGAGUCAGUGGCUGGUAUCGAUCGCGCCGCCUGCAUCAACCCAACGACUUUUAUCUCAGAUCGAUGAAGAGGGCGAGAGAGCAGCCGCACCUGAUGAGAUCCAAUUAUCUCUUGGUCCGUUCGGGGUCUUUAGAGUGCAACAGUGCCAAAAUGAUACAACUCAGAUUGAAUCUCUCCUGGAUCCUCUGCCACUCGUGGAGUCAGAAGACAGCCGCAAUAGCAGCCCCUCACAGGAUGUCGUCCAAAUGGCAGACCCAUUCCCUCUUGACCCUGAGAUAUCGCAGUGGUCGCCAGACUUCAUCCAAUCCCUUCUCGAACAGCCCGAGCAGGGUACUACGCCCAGAUCUCCAGACUUGUUGGAAAUGAUAAUGGAUCAAAGUCGAAUCGCCGAAGCGCCCUCAUCAUCACAAGGCUAUCAAAUCAGGUCAUUCAUGCCGGGAAACUACUGCAAUCCUCCCAUCUCUCCUACAUCCUUUACUUCUGCUCCAGGCUCAUCCAACGCCAUCCCACAGGACGCAGUUUUCCUUCUCAAACAUUACUCUUCGACAGUCAUCAGUCUUAUGACGCCUGUACGACACAAGAAGACCCCCUGGCAUAUACUUUUCAUACCCCAUACGAAAGACUGCCUGGCUGCACUGGCACUUGGAGAAGAGAUGAACCAUGCCAGUUUAUGUGCCUUUUACGGGACUCUAUCAAUCAGCGCAUUCAGCCUCAGUGGUGUUUCUCAGUCCCAAUCGUGGCUCAACCAAGGACGCACAUACCUCCGACAGGCACAGAAUUACGCCAGAAUGAUGCUAUUGACAGCAUACGACAUCCCCAAACCAGCCAAAUACAAGUCCAUUUUGAUGGCAAUUCUCACCAUGGUACAACUUUCCAAUUUGUGUGGCAAUCGCAAUCAAGCAGAAGGCUACUUUCUUGAAGCGGAAAAGUUCAUCCGUAUGAAAGGUCUGAAGCGCAAAAAGUCCCGCAAAGUUCGUCUUCUCCAUCAUUGCUAUGUCUUCGAGCGCAUGUUCCACGAGAGCAUUUUCAUCUGCGGCGCCAACUCAACUCAGCGCCGACAUGUCCGUCGCGCAAUUGAGUCUAGCGGCCUUGCACCAGCUAGCGUCGACGGUCUAUCCUUUCGCCUGUACAAGUGGAAGAAUCUUCACCUGGAGAUGCUUCGCGUUCGAGACAGAGAAGAAGGCGAAAACGACCUCCAUCUUGAACGACCUGGGCAUUUUUCUGCUACCCUCUAUCCUGAGAUAUUUGGUAUCCCAGAACCAUGGCUCCUUCUUUUGUCACUGGUUAUCAGGCUCGGCACUGAGAAAGAUGGCGCCGAGAAAAAUAUUCCAGGUAGCCUUGGCUUGAAGGACUAUAUCAGCCGCGCAAAGGCCUUGGAAGAAUAUAUCAAUGAGCUUCCAAAGCACAUUCCAGAAACAGUUGCAUUCUCGAGCCAACAGUCCUCUGUCGACCAGCAAAUUCUGGAGAGCAUGCUGGAAGCAAUGCGCCAUGCACUAGCUAUUUAUUUCUACCGCCGCAUUUAUGACCUCGAUGCAUCUAUGCUGCAAGAAAAAGUCGCUAGUGUUCGCGAUUGCUUACUUCAAUGCGAAUAUGCCGAUUCCAGUGUUAUUCAUGGCUCUGCUGGUUUUAUCUGGCCUGCUUUCAUCGCAGCGAGCGAAGCGGAAGAUACAAAUGUGCAAGAAUCAUUUUCCGCAUGGUUUGAGAUCUCGGGCCAACGUAGUGGGCUUUCUUGCUUUACUCGGACAUUGGAUUCGGUGGAGAAGAUCUGGCAGGAGAAACGACGUGCGAACGGGAGUAGUGUUACUUGGUUGGAUAUGAUGAAGAAAUCGGGGUCGUUACAGCCGCAGCUAUAA